AUGACAGACACUGUGGUUAGCAGCAGCUCCAACCGAUGGAUGCAUCCCAGCGACCGACCACUGCAGUCAAAUGAUAAAGAACAGCUGCAGGCAGGCUGGUCUGUCCACCCUAGUGCCCAGCCGGACAGACAGAGGAAGCAGGAAGAGCUGACAGAUGAGGAGAAGGAAAUCAUCAACAGGGUGAUCGCCAGAGCUGAGAAAAUGGAGGAGAUGGAGCAGGAGAGGAUUGGGCGCCUGGUGGAUCGGCUGGAGAACAUGAGGAAGAAUGUGGCUGGGGACGGAGUGAACCGCUGCAUCCUGUGUGGGGAGCAGCUGGGGCUGCUGGGCUCUGCCUGCGUGGUGUGCGAGGACUGUAAGAAGAAUGUGUGCACCAAGUGUGGAGUGGAGACCUCCAACAACCGCCCACACCCCGUGUGGCUUUGCAAGAUCUGUAUGGAGCAGAGAGAGGUGUGGAAGCGAUCUGGAGCAUGGUUCUUCAAGGGCUUUCCCAAACAGGUCCUCCCUCAGCCUAUGCCUAUAAAGAAGACCACGCCCCGGCAGCCUGUUGGUGAGCAGACUGUUCUGGAGACCAAGCAUACAGCCCGGAUCCCAGCUCGAGGUGACCCUGAGGACAGGAGGAGUCCAGGUCAGAAGACAGGCCCUGAUGUAGCCUCUGCCCCUGGGCGAGGAAGCUUUGGGCCUCCAGUGCGCAGGGCCUCUGAGGCCAGAAUGGGGGCAUCGCCCCGGGAUUCAGACAGCUGGGACCAUGGCCAUGGCGGGGGCACUGGAGAUGCCAGCCGGAGCCCAGCAGGUUUGAGACGGACCAACUCGGUCCAGGCCUCCAGACCUGCUCCAUCCUCUGUGCCAAGCCCAGUGCCUCCUCAGCCCGCACAGCCAGGGCCCCCUGGGGGCAGCAGAGCCACUUCGGGGCCAGGAGGACGCUUUCCAGAGCAGAGGCCAGAGGUGGCUCCAAGUGACUCCGGCUAUCCAGGGGCCACCGCCCCACCCCGGGAGGAGAGAACAGGGGGAGUUGGGGGCUUCGCAGCACUCGGAGUCAGGGAGGACCGAGUGGCGCACACACCGGGUCCCUAUUCCCAAGUGUCUGCCGCGGUCCCCGCCCGCCAGCCGCCACCCCAGGAGGAGGAGGAGGAAGAGGACGCCAACAGCUACGACUCGGAUGAAGCAACCACCCUGGGUGCCCUGGAGUUCAGUCUUCUCUAUGACCAGGACCACAGCUCCCUGCAAUGCACCAUCAUAAAAGCCAAGGGACUGAAACCCAUGGAUUCCAAUGGCCUGGCUGAUCCCUACGUGAAGCUGCACCUUCUGCCAGGGGCCAGCAAGUCUAACAAGCUUCGCACAAAGACCCUGCGGAACACCCGGAACCCUGUUUGGAACGAGACCUUGGUCUACCAUGGCAUCACAGAGGAAGACAUGCAGAGGAAGACCCUCAGGAUCUCGGUGUGUGACGAGGACAAAUUCGGUCAUAAUGAGUUCAUUGGAGAGACCAGGUUCUCACUCAAGAAACUGAAAGCCAACCAAAGGAAGAACUUCAACAUCUGUCUGGAGCGGGUGAUCCCCAUGAAGCGUGCCGGGACCACUGGCUCUGCCCGCGGCAUGGCUCUGUAUGAGGAGGAGCAGGUGGAGCGGAUUGGUGACAUAGAGGAGCGUGGGAAGAUCCUGGUGUCGCUGAUGUACAGCACACAGCAAGGAGGCCUCAUCGUGGGCAUCAUACGCUGCGUGCACCUAGCCGCCAUGGACGCCAACGGCUACUCGGAUCCAUUUGUCAAGCUCUGGCUGAAACCAGACAUGGGAAAGAAGGCCAAACACAAGACCCAAAUUAAAAAGAAAACCUUGAAUCCAGAAUUUAACGAGGAGUUUUUCUAUGACAUCAAGCACAGCGACCUGGCAAAGAAGUCCCUGGACAUCUCAGUCUGGGACUAUGACAUCGGCAAGUCCAACGAUUACAUCGGAGGCUGUCAGCUGGGGAUCUCAGCCAAGGGCGAGCGCUUAAAACACUGGUAUGAGUGUUUGAAAAACAAGGACAAGAAGAUUGAGCGCUGGCACCAGCUACAGAACGAAACCACGUUGCCCCCUUCAUCCUUUGCUCUAAACAGCAGUGGGCUACCUCACACACCCGACAUCGUCCUACAGGACUCUACCCCUCCAGUUAAUUUCUGGAGGGCAUAG